UAAGUUAUCUUAAACGAAAGGAAAAAAAAAGUUUCCCAUUAAUUAGGGUUUGACACGUGAAAGAUUUAAGCAAAAUCGAAAUUCCAUGUUUAAAACGUUGUAAAGCGUCAAUUUGCAUCAACUUAUUCCAUCUCCCUUCUACAGCUCUAAAAAUUCAUCACUUCAUUUUUCAAUGCACCUCACAAUUUUCCCGAGAUAUAUAGCGAAAUCCCUACUAUAUCGCCGAUAUCAACCCUCAAAUCCUCAAACCCCAAUCUUUGCAUCACUGCAAACGUGCAAUUUUGUUAAUGUUCCAGAGAGGGCGGUAACUGUUCGUGAAAAUGCCCAAGAGAAGCUCCAGGCAGAUGUUGAAACCUCCCAACAAGCAGAAGUGAUAUGCAAGCUAGUAUCCGCCAUUGGGAAUUCUCGAGAUGUAGAUGCUGCUAUGAACUCCGCUACUUCGACUGAUUGUCUGUCUCCAAAUGUGGUUCUUCAAGUGUUAAAGAGAUUAAACAAUGGUGGAAUCAUGGCGCUGUCGUUUUUCCGGUGGGCAGAGAAGAGAAGUGGUUUUCAGCACAGUUCGGAGUGCUACAACUGUCUAAUCGAGUCAUUGGGGAAAAUUAAACAGUUCAAGAUGGUGUGGUUAUUGGUGGAUGAGAUGAAACCGAGAGGCCUGCUGUGUGCAGACACAUUUGCCCUCAUUUCGCGCAGGCUUGCGAGGGCGAAGAGGGCAAGAGAGGCAGUAGAGGCGUUUGAGAAGAUGCAGAGCAAGUAUGGACUGCAGCCUGAGCUGCAGGAUUACAAUAGAUUGCUCGACACAUUAAGCAAAUCUAGGCAAGUGGAGAGGGCCCAAAUGGUGUUUGACCAAUGGAAAAACACGAGGUUCGUGCCCGACAUCAAAUCAUACACGAUCAUUUUGGAGGGGUGGGGCCAAGAACGCAACUUUCUAAGGCUUGAUGAGGUUUUUCGUGAGAUGAAGGAGGAUGGAUUUGAGCCUGAUGUUGUGACUUACGGGAUUCUGAUCAAUGCCUACUGCAAAGGAGGAAAGUAUGAUGAUGCUGUUAGAUUAUACAAUGAGAUGGAAGGGAAGAAUAUUAAGGCAACGCCUCAUAUAUAUUGUACCUUGAUAAACGGUUUGGGGUCCGUAAAGAGGCUAAACGAGGCUGUCCAGUUUUACGAGUUAUGCAAGGGCAGCAGCUAUGAUGUCGAGGCUCCUACUUACAAUGCUUUGGUGGGUGCUUAUUGCAAGUCAUGUAGGAUGCCUGAUGCUUAUAGGGUAGUGGAAGAGAUGCGUAGACGUGGAGUCGGGCCUAACACGCGAACAUAUGAUAUAAUCCUUCAUCAUCUUAUAAAACUCCAGAGAAGGGGAGAGGCGUACAGUGUGUUUCAGAAGAUGAAAGGGGAGGUGGGGUGUGAGCCGAGUGUGAGCACGUAUGAGAUAAUGGUGAGGAUGUUCUGCAACGAUAGGCGCACGAAUAUGGCAAUGCAAGUGUGGGGACAGAUGAAGGCGAGGGGUGUGCUCCCGGGGAUGCACAUGUUUUCGACAUUGAUUGAUAGCUUAUGCAGUGAAAGGAGGAUAGAUUAUGCUUGCAGAUAUUUUCAGGAGAUGCUGGAAAUGGGCAUGCGGCCUCCAGAGCGCAUGUUUAAACAGCUGAAGCAGUUUCUUGUUAAAGAGGGGAAACAAGAUAUUGUCAUUAUGUUUGCUCACAAAAUUGAGAAGAUGAGGAGAUCCCCUUUUGUUGGUUGAAUUUGAUGUUGUAUUGUAGUACUACCUCUUUUCGCCCUACACUAAUUUAACUCUUUUGUUUCCCUAGAUGAUGGCAACUUUGAUUAUUGGUAUCUAUAUUUGUCAUAAAAGAAUAAACAAGAACAUUUACCGGCAAA